AGAACCCCCGCCCCCCCUCCCCCAGGCAGGGUUCGGUCAAUGGAGCCCCAGUUGCUGUGCUGUGAGGCGGACAGGCCUGCCAGGGCCUACCGGGACUCCAACCUGUUGACUGACCGGGUCCUGCGUGUGCUGCUGCUGGCAGAAGAGAAGUAUCUGCCAGCUCCCAACUACUUCAAAUGCGUCCAGAGGGAGAUCGCUCCGUACAUGCGGAGGAUAGUGGCUACCUGGGUGCUGGAGGUGUGUGAGGAGCAAAGGUGUGAGGAGGAAGUCUUCCCUCUGGCUAUGAACUACAUGGACCGCUUCCUGUCCGUGGAACCCACAAAGAAGAAUCACCUGCAGUUACUGGGAGCUGCUUGUAUGUUCCUGGCAUCCAAACUGAAGGAGACAAUCCCUCUCACUGCAGAGAAACUCUGCAUCUACACAGACAACUCUAUCACACCUGCUCAGCUCUUGCAAAUGGAGCUGCUGGUUUUGAACAAACUCAAAUGGGACCUGGCGUCGGUGACUCCGCUCGAUUUCAUCGACCACUUCCUGUUUCAGCUGCCAGUCAGGCAAGAGAGCCGGCCCAUUCUCAGGAAACAUGCUCAGACCUUCGUGGCACUGUGUGCCACAGACAACAAAUUCAUCGCCAGUCCUCCGUCCAUGGUGGCAGCAGGCAGCAUGGUGGCAGCAGUGGAGGGCCUCCAAAUAAAACUGGUGGGAAGUUCCCUGAAGUCGCAGAAACUGACCGAGCAGCUUGCACAGAUCAUCAGGAGUGACCCGGACUGUCUCCGAGCGUGUCAGGAACAAAUCGAGUCCCUGCUGGAGACCAGCCUCAGACAGGCACAACAGCAACACAUUGGCGUUACUAUGGAAACUAAGAACAUUGGCGAGGGGCAGGACCUCUCAACUACACCCACAGAUGUCCGCGACGUAAACAUCUGACUUAGAUGGGAGUGGAGGAGGUGGAGGAGCAGGUUGAUGUGAUGAAGUGCUUCUUUGACACAGACAUGGCUGUGUUUUCACAUCAUGUGGUUUGUGUGUUGAACACUCACGAGUAACUGGACUCAAUAUUGUGUGACCAGCGUGAACCACGGUGGAGGCCACGAGUGGGAGCGGCGUGAAGGUCAAACGAACACCCCGUCAGAUGUUGUCGGGAGGUGAUUGUGACUCUCGUGGAUGUCGUCUCUGGUCGCCUCAGUCCACUGUGUAAUGUUAGAAGCGUCUGAUAGAACGAGAAGAACUUGAACUUUUUUUUUCUUCUUCUUCCAGCCACACGUACAGCAAGUCUUUCUGUUGUCCCCGAUGAAAAGGGGGCGAAAAAAAAAAAGACCUCAGGUGUUUAUUUAGAUUCUGAUAUUUAUUGUUUCAGAUCAUUUGACUUGUACACGAAGUCGACGACUACGAGUUGUACUCAAAGCGGGGGACGUCUGUCUAGAAUCUGCUACUCUAUUAACAGUACGACUAAGUUGUCGUACCUACAUAGUGCUAUGAACUUUUUUUUAGGGUUUUUAUAAUGGUGUUUUCCAUGACACUAGUGAUGUGUAUCAGAUGAAGCUCUAUAUGGGUGCUUUUACGGUAUGUCUGCUUUAGGACGGAAUAUAAAGAUGAAUUAAAGGACGACUGUCUGAUAAAA